GACAGUUCGCUUGAGAGUUUGGUAUGGCGAUGGUGUUUUGUUUUUGCGUUUUUGUUCACAGAUAACUUGAUUAUUUGGUGUUUAUGUUGUUUUCGUGCAGUUUUGUGUUUUUUAUUGACAAUUUGGAUUACUUUUGUUUUUCGAAGUGUUCAUCAAAAUGAUUUUUCCACGAAAAAAUUGCUUAACUUUACGGGGUUAUCUGUAAAUUGAGCAAAGAAUGUUAAAGUUAGAGGAACUAGAAAAUUAUGUAGCUGAUUUAGAGAAUAGAAAUAUUGUAAAUAUAAAUAAUACGAAAAAUAGCAAUAUGUCGGAAGAUAUAUGGACGCAAUUACAGCAAAAAGAAAACGACUUGGUUUUGGCAGCUGAGCUGGGAAAAGCUCUAUUAGAAAAAAAUGAGGAACUUAAAAAACACCAAGAAGCACUGGUAGAAGAGUAUUCAAAAAAAUUGGAGGCUGUGGAACAAGAUAGACACGUAUUACGAAGAAAAUUAAACAAUAAAGAGUCCGAACUAGAUUCUAGAAUAAUCGAAUUGGAAAAAGAUAUAGCGGAGCUAACCUCAAAAUUACACGCUAAAGAUAAUCUGCUAAAACAAUGGGAUAGAGAAAAAGGCACUUUACUGUCAGAGCUGAACGCUCAAAAUUCGCGUUUGACAGAACAACUAAAGCAGGCAGCUGCGACGGAAAAUCAGCUGCAAAUGCAGCUGCAAGCCUUAAAAGAGCAGUGUGCUAUGGGUAAAAGUAACCUGCAGGAACAUAUGAGCAGUGUUGACGGUCUAAGAGACGAACUUGACCUGUUUUCCAAUAAAAAUAAAGAGUUGGAGAGGCGGUUGCAUUUGGCUGCUAAUGAGAGAGAUUCGAUGGCUAAUGCUUUGGAAGAGGCUUCUGAUAGGAUUUUAUUACUUGAAAGACAUGCUAGAGAGCAGGACAUGAGAUAUCAGCAAAGUUUAAAGGAUUAUUCCUUACCACAAGAGAAAUUAUCGUUGGAGGACCGGCUAAGUGUCUCUGAACACCGCUCUCUCUUGUCAGAAAUGGACAUUACGGAACCCACCCUGUCUCAAGAGUGCAUGUCUGUAUAUAGGCAACUACGAUCGCUCGUACACCAACUAAAAACCCAUUCUGACGACGACAGUGGGCUACAUUCGGAUUGUUCGAAUGUUUCCAUGGAAGAUUCGUCGAGAUUCACCCCUGGGCUUCUAAGCGAGAUAGCCCAGGAGUUGGUGGGGUUAGUUCUCGAUACCGACGUCGUAAGACUUUUAGAGCGCUUGGAGCAGGCUAGGAGGGAUAUUCAAGAGCGAGACGAAGAAUUAUCCAGAAGAUCCGAGAGGAUAAUGGAGCUAAGUAGUAAAGCUUCCGUUUGCGAGGUGGAACUUCAGGCAGCUCUUGAAGAUAGAGAUAGGGCAAAAACGGACGCCUCGAAUUCUUCUCUAACCCAAGACGAAAUCGUUGCUAAAGCAAGAGAAGUGCGCGAUUCCGCCGUUCAAAGAAGGACGAAAGCUGAAGUGGAACUUGCAAAAACAAGGGUGGAAUUGAUGCAAGCCAAUAGUCAGCUGUUGGAAAGUAUACAGCAAAAAGUAGAGCUCAGUCAGCAGUUGGAACAGUGGCAGAUGGAUAUGCAAGAGCUGCUUGAUGAGCAGUUGCGGACCAAACUGUCAAACCAAGAGGUGAAAAGGGGCCCGAACGAGACCCCUGUGGCACCUCCACGACGUCGCCUACUGACCUAUUUUUUCCGAUAGCAGGAUUUAAAAAAAAUUGAUUUGAAACUUGAAAUUAUCAUUUUCGUCCUUUUCUGGACGGGAAUGAUAAUUUUUUUUAUAGUGUACAAAAUUUUACGUGUCACCUUAUGCGUUUUUGUGAAAUUUUAGUUUUUGUCAAAAUGUGCAAUUACACAUUUUAUUAUUUCUCAUAAGUAAUAGUAAAUUAAAACUGUGAUUUAAUUUAUACGAAUAAUUAUGUACUUACAUUGUUUAAUUUAAUUUUACUAAUUUAAGACGAUUUUUUUAAUUUUGUUUUAACGUCUAACGAUUUCUUUUGUAUGUGUACAAAAAUAUGUAGUCCGUCCAAGAUAUUUAACAAAUGUAAUUAAAAUCAAAAUAAAUGCCUUAAAUAAUAGAAAACAAUAAAUUAUUUUAUUAAAAUUAAAA